AUGUCGCUUCUACCAAUCAACAUCAGCGGUAAACUGAACGAUGAAAGGCCCGGGUUUUCCAGGCCUCAGAAGGCCUCGCUGGUUAAAACGCUAAUCGUUCUUGCUGUGACGGCGGCCGUUAUUGCCAAUACGCUUUGGAAGAUUCCUAAUAUCGCCCACAGCCUUCGUGCUACCUGUCAUGGAGCCCCCGCAGCCCAUAUUUGCAGCCGCUUCAACACCCUGGAUGACAGAGCACGCUGCAUUCUGUCCAGCACGCCGCUCAUAGACGGUCACGUUGACUUCCCUGUUCAGCUUCGAGCCCGAUACGGCAACCAUAUCGAGGCCCUUGCGUUCCGAGAGGCGUUCGAAAACGGCACAUUGCCGGGGCAUGUAGACCUGCACCGUCUGCGGCAAGGUCUCUCAGGCGGUGCAUUUUGGAGUGUCUAUGCACCAUGUCCCGAAGAUGGCAGCGACUUCUCGGAUCAAAACUACGCUGCCAGCGUUCAGUUCACCCUCAAUCAGAUUGAUGUCACGAACAGGCUGCAGAAGCUUUAUCCCAAAGAUUUCUCCCAAGCGGUUGACAGCAGGACGGCCUUGGCGGCCUUUCAGCAGGGCAAGCUUAUUUCACCGCUUGGUGUCGAAGGGCUGCACCAGAUCGGAAACAAAGUGGCCAAUCUUAGGCUGUUCCAUGACCUCGGUGCUCGCUAUGCUACCCUCACGCACAACUGUCACAACAAGUUUGCUGAUGCUGCGCUUUUGGAACGGCCGAUGCGAAAGGCAGAGCCAAAAUGGCAUGGCCUCAGCCCAACUGGACGAAUUCUAGUUCACGAGAUGAACAGAAUGGGAAUGAUCGUCGAUCUCGCGCAUGUGAGCGACGAUACAAUGCGCGAUGUGUUGGGUGGUAACGAGGGUUGGGAAGGUUCCAAGGCGCCAGUGAUUCAUUCGCACAGCUCCGCGUACAGCAUAUGCCCGCAUCCACGAAACGUGAAUGAUGAGAUUCUGCAGCUCGUCAAGAGACGCAACUCGUUGGUUAUGGUCAAUAUUGCGCCCGAGUUCAUAUCCUGCGUUGACAAUGGGAACGAGAGCGGCCUUCCAGAUACGGUUCCGGAAGAAGCGACACUAAAGCAAGUGGCGCGCCACAUCUUGCAUAUUGGCAACCUCAUUGGCUUUGAUCAUGUCGGUGUUGGAACAGACUUUGACGGCAUUGGGUCAACACCAGAUGGUUUCGCCGAUGUGAGCAAGUAUCCCGACCUCAUUGCCGAGCUGCUCAAAAAUGGAGUCGACGAUUCAGAUGCAGCAAAGAUUGUUGGUGGCAACCUAUUGCGGGUGUGGGCUGAUGUUGACGCUGUCGCGGCGGAGCUUCAGGCGGCUGGUGCGCCGGCCAUGGAGGACGACUUUUGA